UCUGUGUCUGUCUUUUCCCUACUCGUUUUCUCUUUUUGACUCUCAAAAACAUAAACCGCCCACCACCAAUCUCAUCUCAUCCAUCUCCCUUUUUAUAUAAGCAUUUGCUCAAACCAUCUCCUAAUUUGGCAUUUCUUUCGACUCCAUCAUCUUGGAUAUCUUCUGUCACCCUUUCGUUUGCUUCUUAAUCAGAGAGAGAGAGAGAGAGAGGAGAUGGAUGGUCCUGAUAUUCCUCCUUUCUUCAUCUGCCCCAUCUCUCUCCAGAUCAUGAAGGACCCAGUCACCCUCUCAACAGGCAUAACGUACGAUCGAGAGAGCAUCGACCGUUGGCUCUUCCGAUACAAACACAACACAUGCCCCGUUACGAAGCAGCCCCUCGACAACCACACCCUCACCCCAAACUCCACCCUCCUCCGCCUCAUCCAAUCAUGGCACCUCCUCAAGUCAUCAAAACUCAUCCUAGCCGUCGAUCCACCGAGACCCACCUUCGAUCUUUCUCUCCUUCACGAUCUCAUCAACAAGGUAAGAGAACCUGAAUCACAAAUCAAAUCACUCCGUAGUAUCAAACUCCUAAUCCAAGACAACGAAAACAACAGGCGAUACGUGGAAGAAUCCGGUAUCCCUUCUCUCAUAGCAUCUCUAGUAACUGAAACAUCUCCACAAGAGAUUUCGCAUCUUAAUGGAAAUUCAACCACCAUCGAAGAAUUCAUGAACGUAUUAUUCCAUCUCAAGCUAUCGCCUGAGACGUUGGAGAAGAUCGUGGAAGAUAACAAUGGUAAGAUCAUCAGAUCUUUAUCUAGUAUACUCCAACUAGGAAGCUUCCAAGCUAGAAUUCAUGCAGCCCUUCUUCUCAAAUCCAUCUUCAAGGUAGUAGGUGAAAACUACAAGAUGGAAUUGCACUCUGAUCUUUUCGACGGCAUUGCCGAGAUACUAAAAGAUCAGAACUCGAACCGGGCUACAACGGCUACACUAUCGAUUCUAAUAUCGGUAACACCAUUUGGGAGGAACAGGAUAAGGGCGAUCGAAGCGGGUAUUGUACCAGUACUAGUAGAGCUACUUGCAGAGACCAACGAAAGGCGGAGCUGUGAGAGUAUGUUGGUGGUGCUGGAGAUAUUGUGUGGGUGGUCUGAUGGGCGAUCAGCAUUUUUGGCCCACCCAGCAAGCGUGGCCGCAGUGUCAUCGAAGAUCCUGCGGGUGUCGCAGCUGGCCAAUGAGAGAGCUGUGAAGGUGCUGCUACUGGUGUGUAGGUAUUGUAUGGGAGGAGAGAUUUUGAAGGAGAUGGUGGAGGUUGGUGGGGUUACUAAGCUGUGCAUGGUUGUACAGGGUUCAUGCAGUAGGAAGGCAAAGGAGAAAGCGAAGGAGAUUUUAGGGUUGCAUUUCAGGACGUGGAAGAAAUCACCUUGCUUCCCUUCAUGCCUGUUACCAUGAAAAUAUUGUACCGUUUUGAGGCAUUCUUUUUUAUAGACGUACCCUUUUUUGUAUUUCUUUUAUAGGAUAUGGCACAAGCACUACCAUAAGUGGAAAGUAAGGAUGUGUGUAUCAAAGGGGAUUGGUGCAAAUAUCAAUCACCAUGUGUGUGUGUGUGUGUUUUCUUAUUGUCUUUUCCAGAAAAAAAAACAUUGAUGCUCUGAAGAGAGCGAUGGAUGAUACGCAGGAACUUGUAAAUUACUUAGAAAUUGAAUAAACAAGCAAUGCCAGCACUUGAUCGAUGAGCCAUCAUAGGAACGAGGGAGAUGCUGUUUGGCUAACGUUUGGAUUUCUCAACAAAUAUUAUAUGA